UCCACAUUUCAUAGACUUCAUUUCUAUACCCCCAACAACAAGACUCUUCAAUUAUCAGAUCAAUAAAGUGUUAAUAUACAGUUUAUAUUACAACUCGGAACUUUAAAAGGCAUUAGCAAAUUUUUAAUAAACACCAUCAAGAUUGAACAUUAAAGACCCAUCAUGGCCGAGCUAAUGGAUUACUUAAUAUCUCAGGUGAAAGGGGCCGGGCAACAAAAAUUUGAAAUCACGGUGUCACCAAACAGGCAGCGGGGCGGUAAGACAUUUUCGCCACACAUUAUGGGAGGGAAGAGCCCUACGAAGCGCCCUCUAUACAGGAAUCAGGAGGAGACAAACACCACAGCGUACCAUGAAUAUCCCACAAAGCCCUUCAUCAACGACGAUUAUCGCUUUGAUUCAUCUAAACCUGUCAAACCAUUCCCAGAAAACAACAGAACAGCUGUGAUAUCAGCACUAAAGAAUCUCCAAGAAAAGAUUCGUAAACUGGAAGUGGAGCGAGGUACGGCCGAGAACAAUCUGAAAUCUCUGGCGGCGGAGACAACGAAAUACAAAAACAUUUUACAGAAGGAGCCACAGAAUUCGCCUGGCCAGUCAACCGUGUCCAAAAAUACUCAAGAACUUGAGACCCAGUUAACGGCCGCUGAGACACGGAGUCAUCUCCUGGAGAAACAGCUGGACUACAUGAGAAGGAUGGUACAGACGGCUGAGAAUGACCGCCAGGAGGCGGUGAUCAAGGCCGCAGUGACCGACCGUGUGGACAAGGUCAUACAGCCCUCACCCCAGCCUGGCCCCUCCCCCGAAUAUCUCAGGCAGCGGGAAAAACUGAUGGAGCUGGAGCGGGAGCAUCUCAGACUCACAGCAUCUCAAACUCUCUCAGAGAACAAAAUCCGUGAAUUGGAAGAGAAACUGCAGGAAGAGAAACAUCGACGUAGAUUAAUGGAGGACAAAACUGUAGAACAAGAAUCCAUGGCAGAGUCAGCUCGAAUAUUACGGAAUGCAGAGAGCAUAGACAGAUUAACACAGAAAGCCAAGAAAACGAAAAAACGGCGGAAAGCCUCGGCAAAUAAGAAACAGAAGCCAGCCCCGCCCACAGAUCACAGCAAGCAUUACAGACUCAAUCUUGCCGACAUCCCAUUUGUAGCAGGAAAAUCCCUGACAGCUAGUCACUCAGUGGGGGCCAAUGUACAGCGGGUGCUCUCCCUGAUGAAGUCCCACAACAUGGCGCUGUGUAACGGUAUGGACCACCACUCUAGAUCCUCCAGUCCGUCCUCUGGAUCCUCCUCCUCGGGGAGUAUCGACACAGACCUCGCCGAGCUCCUACUACAGCUUCAGGACGAGUUUGGACAGAUGAGCUGUGAGCACCAGGAGCUGUCCCACGAGAUCAGUGAGGCCACAGACCCCCAGAUCAGAGAGGACCUGGAGAGAGAGCUCGACGCACUGGUGACGCGGAUGGAGAGCAAGAGUCAGCAAAUCUCCAAAAUACGACGACAUCAAAAUAAAAUAGAUCAAAAGAAGAAGAAAAAGAAGACGAUGGACCCGUCUAAACGACGGUCAGCCUCGGCAAACGCAUACAGCCACCAGAACGGGGAAGUGGAAGUGACCACGACGAUAAAAACUCGGGGCCGGUCAGCGGGCGUCGUUCACGUACAACCUACUAAUGCCAGGGAGGUGUCAUUAAAUGUGUUAAAAGACAUGAAAAAAUUACAGACCACGUUACGAAAAGAUGAUUUGGCCUGGGAGUAGCCAGAUUUGAUAUUAUGGAUUUUAUCUUUGUUUUUCCAUUUGCGACUGUGAUACUGCAUGGCCUGUGCUCUCUUUUUUUUGGGGGGGGGGGGGGGGGUCCCAUUAAUUCGAUAGCACAAAUCGUUCCCGAGUGUUAAGUGUUGUAAUCAUGGAUCAUCUGUCUAUUGCUAACGACUGUCAGCUGUUUUGGAGUGAAUGAUAACAAAAACCUUUACUGCCAAACACCAAACACAUUUAUACAUGAAAAGGAUUUUUUCUUAUAUCUUAUUUCUCAAGAAUUUAGAAUCCUGCAAUAUGACCUCUAAAAAAAUUUCUCCGAAGUAUUUUCUAUAAAUUUUCAAUAACAAUUUGCAAAUUUAGCAAAAUUGAAACAAAUGCUUCAAAAUGUUUUGUUCUGUUUUAAUUUGUCAGAAAAUUAGAACAAAAUUUUCAUAUGUGUUUUAUUGUUUCAUGUAACUUUUACUGAUUCAAAGGUCCUCUGAUGAAAGACAGCAGCAUUUAUAUCAAAUAUCUAUCAGAGUUUUAUGGAUGUGUGAGAAUACACUCAAUUUUCAAAAUCAUGAGUAAAUCCUGAAUGCUUUCAGACUUUUACAUGUUUUUUUUUUUUAAUCGAGUUUUAUAUGCGGAAAGAAAGUAACACUACUGUAAUCUCAUUAAAAUAAAAAGAAACAUCAUUUUUGAAAAUUCUAGUGAAACUAUCAAAAUUAAAUUUCUUUUUGUUGAAGACUGUAAAAGAAAAAUGAUAUUUUAAAAUAUUCCUCAGACUAAGCUGUCAUACCUGAAUAUAAUUUAGCUUUUUACAUGGUAUUAGAUUUCUUAUUCAUUUUUUUAAAACUCAGU